AUGAGAUCUGAAAUAGCUGCACUUGAACUUAACAACACUUGGUCUCUUGUUGACUUGCCCCUUGGCAAGCGUGCUCUUGGCUGCAAAUGGAUAUUUAAGAUCAAAUAUCGUUCCAAUGGCAGCAUCGAGCGCUACAAGGUGCGCUUAGUCAUCAAAGGUUUUACCCAACAGGAAGGGCUCAACUACACCAAAACCUUCUCACCCGUGGCAAAAUUAGCCAUUGUCCGAACCUUGUUAGCUACUACAUCCAUUCAAGCAGUCCAAUCUGACUACAGCCUCUUUACCCAACUCAAAAAUGGAUCAUUCACUGCCCUCCUUAUCUAUGUCGACGAUAUUGUCGUUGCUAGCUCUCACAUGGAUUCCAUUGAAGUUCUUCAACGAUUUCUCAAUGAUCACUUCAUAAUUAAAUCUAUUGGUAAUCUUCGUUACUUCCUUAGCAUUGAGGUCGCCCGUUCUUCCAAAGGAAUUUCCAUCUGUCAGCGCAAGUAUGCACUCGAUAUUUUAGCCAAUGCUGGCUCACUUGGUUCUCGACCCCUCAAAUUACCAAUGGAUCAAAACCUCAAGCUUCACAAAGAUGAUGGCGAUCCUCUCUUGGAUCCACUACCCUAUCGACGCUUAGUUGGUAGACUCGUCUACCUCACCAUCACUCGGCCCAAUCUUUACUAUUCAGUCCAGCACUUGAGCCAAUUUAUGACAGUACCUAUAACGACACACCUGCAUGCUGCUCAUCAAGUUCUACGGUACAUUAAAAAUGCUCUUGGGCAAGGUCUUCUUUUCUCUUCCAGUUCUUCACUUACUCUCCGUGCAUGCUCAGACUCGGAUUGGGCCUUUUGCCCAGACUCACGUCAUUCAGUUACGGGAUUUUGUAUUUUUCUUGGACAAUCACUCAUCUCAUGGCGAUCAAAGAAGUAG